UAUUUACUAAAUAAAUGUUAAAAAAAAAACCCUAGCAGAAGCCUUCUCUAUAAUUUUUGGAGAAGAUAAAGAUGAUCCAGAGCAUCUUUAUUUGUAAAUGCAGAGUUUGCCUUAUUUGGUGAAAUAAAACAAAGCGAAAACAGGCAUUCUAAGACACAGUUUCCACAAUAUGGUACAAAGAAGGAGAGCUGAAACUCCCUGAGUCAAGAACACAAAGCUUCAAGUCUAGGGAGACGAAGGCAGCUAAAGUUUGCAGGACAGAGUAUUGGAGAGAAGAAAGCUGUAGAGAACUCCAGAGAACCUCACAGUGUAGAUCUCAAAUAUAAAGCUGAAUACAGAUCAGUACAUGCAUAUGAGGAAACUACCUAGAGAUGGAGAAAGAAUCACCCGAAAGGAUUAGAGGGGACAGUACUCUGUUCACACAGAGCUGGGAACAGUGCCUGUUCCUAACAGCCAGACUAGAGAGAGCUUGUAAUUCUUGAGGUGUUGGGUAUUAUGCUCUGAAAGGCUAUGUCUUAUUAGGGAGGAAUGCGUAGCCCUAUACCUGACAAUACUCUGAUGCUGCCUAAUGGAUCUUAAAAGUACACUUGAAAAAACCAAAUGGUUCUCGAAUUAACUAUAUCUCAGAACAAAGCUCAACACUAUUUAGAGGUAUUUAAGGCAGCAAUAUUAGUAUCAGAUGAAGUAUAUUGCAAAGCAAAGACUAUGACCAGGGAUAAAGAAAGUCAUUUCAUAAUGAUGAAGGAGUCAGUUCAUCAGAAAGACAUAACAAUACUAAACAUUUAUGCAUCCAAUAACAGAACUUCAAAACACAUGGAGUAGAAAUUGAUAGUACUUCAAGGAGAAAUAGACAAAUCCAUAAUUGUAAUACAAAAUUUCAUUAUCCUUCUCUCAGUAAAUGAUAAAACAAGAAGACAGAAAAUAAUUAAGGAUAUAAAAGAGAGUAACAAUACCAUCAACCAACUUGGCCUCAUUGAUUUUUAUAGGACACUCUACCCAACAACAGCUAAAUACACAUUCCUUUCAAGUGUGUGUGAAACAUUCAUCAGAAUAAACCAUAUUCUGGAAUAUAAAACAAGUCUCAAUAAAUUUAAAAGGAUUGAGCUCAUUCAAAAUAUAUCAUUGACUGGUGGAAUUAAUUAAGAAAUCAGUAACAGGAAUCUUCAAAUAUUUGGUAACUAACAUGCUUCAGAAUAUUCAUGAGUCGAAGAGGGAGUCAAAAGGAAAAUGAGAAUUUAUUUGGGACUGAAUGAAAGUGAAGAGUCACUUAAGAAAAGCAUUACUUGGGUGGAAUUUAUAGCAUUAAAGGCUUAUAAAACCAAAAGUUCCAGAUCAAUUUACAUAUUAAGAAACUAAAACAAAAAAGAGCAAAUGAAACUCAAAGUAAACAGAAGAAAGAAAAGAAUGAGAGCGGUCGCGCAGUCGGACCGGCUGCUGAGACGAACGCUUCACUGGGGCAGUCUCCGCAUAUCAUGGGGAGACAGACGCUGCUGCCUUUGAUUGGCCUUGGUCCUCACAGCUCCAAAAAGAAACAAGAUCUUGAUAAGCUCUGUGAGCUGAAGUCCAAAGCUCGGCAGAUUAUGAACCAGUGUGGUCCCUCAGCCCUAAUCAACCUCUCCAAUUUCUCAUCCAUAAAACCGGAACCAGCCAGCACCCCUCCACAAGGAUCCAUGGCCAAUAGCACUACAGUGGUAAAGAUACCAGACACUCCUGGGACAGGAGGUCGUCUUAGCCCUGAAAACAAUCAGGUAUUGACCAAGAAGAAAUUGCAAGACCUAGUGAGAGAAGUGGAUCCUAAUGAGCAGUUGGAUGAAGAUGUGGAGGAGACGCUGCUGCAGAUUGCUGAUGAUUUUAUCGAGAGUGUGGUGACAGCAGCCUGUCAACUUGCUCGACAUCGCAAGUCCAGCACCCUGGAGGUGAAAGAUGUCCAGGCUCAGGGUGCGAGUACUUGGAGCAGUGACUGCCAUCUGGUGGCAAGCCAGAAUCGUCGCUUUGUGGAAGCAGAUGGUUGCGAAGUGGUCCUCUCUGGACUCCCCGGCAGCAGGGGACCCGUUAGACAAUGUCUGAUGCUGGAGGGCAUCUGA